AUGUUCCUACUGAGAUUAAACAGAAUGAUCCAACAGCCCAAUUCUACCAUCGAUGAUUUUACGAAACUUGCCUUUUUGUAUGAACCUCAGAAAACCAACCGUCGUCCCACCACCAAUCCCAUACAAGAAACUUUGACGGGCGCAUGGCAUUUUAGCAAUAUUUUUGAAAUCAUC